GGUGGAUAAGCGAUCUCCUCUGUUUUGUUUUGGUUGCGCGAGAGUGAAGUCAUAGAGUACAAUACAGUAGGAGAAAAAUUGAUUAUAAUACUGUAGUUUAUUGGUCCUCACUUCACGUCGGGCAGCUGCACCCAUGCUGUAAUUGUAACAGAUAGAUAUCGCUGCUACUACUUGCCCUCAACCCGUAAUUUGUAGAUACACCUGAGUGAUGUGUGAGUGCCCACCAAAGAAGAAGUUGCGGCAGUCAACGUUAAUGGACAUGUUCUCACCAUCAACAAGUAAAAAGACAAAAGACAAGAUGGACAACCCACCCACACCCCCAAACACCGCAGAGUCUGAGCCUGAAUCCCAAAAUAUAGAGUCUAGCAUUGAGCUCAUGAAACUGGGCUCCGUCUCAUCCCAGAAUAGUAUGGAAGAGAACGUUGAGAUGAUGGACACCGACACCAACAUUGAGGAUUCGGAAGAAGACGACAAAGGAACCAGAGACACGACAGCGAGAGGGAGCGAGAAAAUACGAGAGGAGGAGGAGAAGGAGGGGGCGACUGUAGAGAAAAAGUCAGGACAAAGAUCCUCCGACUACCACAAUCACCCAGGAGUGUCGGGGCUUGCAGAGGGUUCCUCUAAGAAGAAAAAGAGGUACUCCGGUGAGAAUCAGAACAACGAUGACUCUGACACUCUAGCUGUGGGAGGCGAGGAGAGGCGUGCGCAAGGUGCAAGUCCGAGAGGAAAGGGUAGUGCGAAGGGUUCAACGCCAAAGAAGGGCCUCAAGAAACACACGCCAAAGAAGACGCCGGGGAAAUCUCCAGUCAAGGACCGAGAACAUCGUAAAUCAAGUGGAGAUGCAAUGGAACGCCGCAGGAUCUUAGCAGAGGCAGCAGAACGCAGAAUGAGCAGCAAGAGCAAUCCUUCCCCGGAGCCAAAUGAAGCGGACUUUGCCUGCUCUCCCGACAUGUUCGAUGAUGAGUUUGAGGAUGAACUGCAGCAGGCGGAGGAGAGUGGGGUAACAUGGAGAGGCACUCCAGUAUCAAGUUUGCCUUUCAUAAAUACCACCAACCUCAACAUUCCCCCUGUAUAUGUCGCACCAAAUCACACCGUCUUAGUACAGCUGCCAGUGACUCCAGAUGUGUGUCCAGCUCCUCAGCCUCCUACAUACUCAGAUAUCUGGGAUCAGUAUCAUGUCAGAAUGCCAUGUUCCCCAAAGAGUUUAUAUCCUUUAGGCAAGGGAAGUGAAACAGUUGUUCCUCGAUGGUCAAUUAUUUGCAAGGCUCUCUCAAGAAAAAUGGAAAGUGUCGAAGACCUACAGCGAGCCAUUCUGGAGUACAACAGCAGAUACGCAGCCAGAUGGAAGUUCAGAGGUCUUCAGAUGCUGUUGGAAGAGGAAUUUGAAGAGGAAGAACAGGAAUUCUUUUUCCAAAACACUUUACCUGCAAUGGUCCGGCUAGCUCUCAACUUGCCCAAAAUUGUCACCCAACCCCCACCCCUCCUCACCAGCCAAACAACACACAGCAUCACUCUGUCCCAGUUACAGAUUGCUUCACUCCUUGCCAAUGCUUUCUUCUGUACAUUCCCACGAAGAAAUGCCAAAGGAAGUGAGACAGAAUAUGCCUCCUAUCCAGACAUAAAUUUCAACAGAUUGUUUUAUCCCCGAGAGAAGAGAUCGAUGGAGAAAAUAAAAUGCUUGAUAAAUUAUUUUAGAAGAGUCACUAGUAAAGAACCAGCUGGUACAGUGACGUUCACCAGGCAGUAUAUUAACCCCCAUAAUAUGCCCUCCUGGGAGGCCUGUUCCAAGCCACUGCCAAAGCUCCAUGUAGACACCAAAGGACUGAUAGAAGAUCAAAUGGGACUUCUUCAGGUUGAUUUUGCAAACAAGUAUGUUGGUGGUGGCGUCCUUGGCUUGGGUUGCGUCCAGGAAGAAAUACGCUUCGUGUUAUCGCCGGAACUGAUCGUUUCAAGACUCUUUACACAAGUUCUGGACAAAACGGAGGCCCUCAUUGUAAUAGGUGUGGAGCAGUUCAACAAAGGUGUUGGAUAUGCCUCUAACUUCCGCUGGGCAGGAUCGCACAAGGACACGACGCCACGGGAUCCUUGGGGCCGCAGAAUGUGUCAGGUCACAGCCAUCGAUGCCCUUCAUUUCACAAAGCAGCCCAAAAUUCAGUACAGGCCAAACUUCAUCCUAAGGGAAUUGAAUAAGGCCUAUGCAGGAUUCCAGGUGAUGGAGGGAAGUUCAGGCACUCCCGUAGCAGUUGCAACAGGGAACUGGGGUUGUGGUGCUUUUAAAGGCGACUCAAGGUUGAAGUCACUUAUUCAGCUGGCUGUGUGUGGCUACAUUGGCAGAGAUGUUGCCUAUUUUACAUUCGGGGAUCAGAAACUGAGGAACGACCUAUCCACAAUGCACAUCUUCCUUACAGAGAAUAAUGUCACAGUUGGUGAAUUAGUGCAGGUGUUAAAUCAUCACGGUUUAAGAGAUUGGGUCGAUGGUUCUGACCUGUCUCAUUAUAUCUACCAUAACCUAGGUGCUUAUGAUUCAGAAACUGAUAAUGAUACUGAGGAAUCAAAGGGACCAAGUAAAGAACCCAACAAUAAGAAUUUAAUAAGCCACGGAAGCUCCUACACCACCACCUCCUCCUCCUCCACUUACUGCACUCCACGCAAAACUGCCAGGAGCAUCACUGACUAUUUUGGCAAGCCCUCUUCGUCAGUUACGAAUCAAAAUCACCCGCCGAAUGCCAAGCACCAGUCAUCAUCAUCAUCAGCAGCAGCAGCAGUAGCGCUCCUCAACAAGGUUCCAAGUGGUUCGUCAUCCCUCACUGAAGAGAAGAUCCUGCAGGUGCUAAACGAGUGCGAUCGGCUGGUCGAGGGCCAGAGGUCCAAGGGCAAGCAGAGUAGUCCAAGCACCACAAAUCUAGACAAUAGAAAAGGAGGUCACAGUUCGAGCAGUUUAAUAGAAAAUGUGAAGGGUGAAUUGAGGAAGAUAAAGGACGCUGAGGGGAAUAGCAUUUCGUCGGAAGCUUGCGAGUCGAGUAAGCUCCUUUCCUAUUUAGAUGACAUAGAUAAAUGCCUAGCGUCAUAGGCUCCAUGCUUUCCUAUGUUAUGCUUGCUACUCAUUACCAUUUUCUUUCUUUCCGUUUCUUUCUUUUUUUUCUUUUUUUCAUAGAUAAAGUUGAACCCUGUGAAGACUAGAAAAAUAAGUUUGCUGUACAAGAGUGUUUAUUGUAUAUAGUCAAUAGAAUGAAUUAAUAAAUGAAUGAAUAAGGAUAGUUGUGGAUUCCAGUACAAAGGAGAAAGUUGAGUAGCACUGCAUUAAAGCUGGAGUUUCAUAUCUUUGUAUAUCAUUCUUAGGGUCAGAUUAUGUAUUUUAUUCUGUUAUUUCUAUUUUGGGAUGUUAUGCUUUAUUUUUGUUUUGACAUUUUAAAGGACACUAGAUGUUCUUUUUCAGUGAUAAGUAUAGGUACUUAUUUAUUUGGACUUUUAUUUUUAUAUUAUUUUAAAGGAGAUUUGAGUAAUUUUUUUACUAGAUAUCUUCCAGAUUCAAUAAACAAUGUCUAGUUAAAUGUGUCUGUUUGAAUACUGACCUUGCUCUGUUGGUGUAGCAUACUUGGUGAUGAUAUACUAAGAAAUUUACUCAACACAAAUUUAUAUUCAUAGUUUUCUAAGAUACAUUGGUCAUUUUGUGAAACAAAAUGGCAAAAGUACCACUCAGAUAGUUAUAGAUUUUAAUCAGUGGUAUCAUAAUACUUCUGUACAAAAAAGGUGUAUAUAAUGAAAUAAUGAAUGACCUCUCAGUGCAGUAGAUGGAAGUGACACAUUUUAAUUAAAUUUUCAUCCAAACUUUUAUUUUGAAUUUUGAUCAGAAUUGAUCAUAACACAGUAAUUACAUUUCUUGUAAUUACUGUGUUAUAUACCUUCUUCUACAUCAGUUAUUAUGAUACACUUAAACUAUUUGAUAUGAUAAUUUACUCCAAUAAUUAUCAGCUAUUAUUUGUAAGAACUAUGUAGGAUAUACGAUUUUUGAAAACAUAAAAGUACAAUAACCAAAGAGGUAAAACCAGUCAUUUUUUUUUCUUUCUUUUGAAUAUUAUCUGCACAAUGUAUUAGUGUAAAAGUACUAUAGCUCUACAUUUUGUGAAUAAGCAUUAAGUUAUUGAUGAUAGUUUGUGAAUAGAAUAAGUACCUAGCAAGGGAGUGAUAUUGAUGAAACAUUGCCAGACAGUAUUAUUUGUAUAGUGCCUGUAAGUGUAGGUAGAUACAGUCUCAUUUGAUUUUUUUUGCAGAUUUCUUGAGCUAUUGAAUUGAAGAAGUAGGAUGUGAACUUAGACAUCUUGUGAUAUUUUUUUUUUAUUACCAAAAUUGGAAAAGAGACAUAAGUAUUUUUUUUUUUUUCUUCUUUCUACUUAUGCUUCUGCUACUUAAUCUUACAAUUAGAGAAACUUGUCUUACAUCCUAAGAUAUGUCUGCAAUGGCCAAUAAUAAUAUGAUUUGUGAUCA